CCCAAUCCCCCGCCCCGGCCGGAACCAAUUGAGCAAUCCGUUCUCUGCUGCCCUUAGGAUUUCGACUCCGCCUCGAAUUCUAUCCUGUGGUACACAAAUAUUCAGUACCGGGCUACAUUGAGCUGCGCCUGCCGAACAAAAUCCAGUCACGAGGGUUAUAAAGAAAGCGUGUUCAUAUUCUGUGGUGAAGAAGAUUUGUUCGAUCCAAAAUGUCUCUACUGGACCAUCAGAAAGGAAAAUCGGCGCGAUUGUCCUUAAGUGCCUGCAACAGCAGCAAACGUCGCCGGCGCGUCACUGUACAUGUAUCCAGCGUCUCCCCUGGUGCGGGCACGGCGGCGCAUUCCCCCUGGGCGUCGAUGAAUGAAGAUUUGGUUCGCCUGAUCUCUUGGCGGGUGCUGGCGGGCGACUUGCUGGACUAUGUCCGCUUCCGCGCGGUCUGCCCCCACUGGCGGUCCAGCACGGUCUGUCCACGCGGCCGCGGUGUCAUCGAUCCACGGUUUCACCCGCGUCGCUGGAUGAUGUUACCGGAGGGCCACGGCCUUUACCCGGCCAACAGCAGGCUCCGCGGCUACAUUCGCUUCUUCAACCUAGACUCAGGGAAGUUUGUUCGCAUCAAGCUCCCGAUCUUCAAGGACCACUGCAUCCUUGACUCGGUGGACGGUCUGCUAGUCAUGCAUAGGGAUGAAGACACAGCCAUUCGCAUCUUCCACCCUUUCACUGGUGAUGUCGUCGACCUCCCACGACUUGUGACCCUUGUGCCGCAGAUUAACCCAGGCCUGCCUGGGGCUUUCACCAUGUGCAUAAGUUCUACUACCUCAGAGGAGUAUGCACUUCCUUAAGUGUCAGUGCUGCCGGAGUCAUCACCAUCUUGCUUGCACUGCAUCGGAUGGGCUGUGUAGCCUACGCUACCUCCCGGGAUCAGCAAUGGCACUUAUCAACCUGGUCGCUUAGUUAUAAUGCUGCUAGAGUACGUAAUGGGCCUAAUGGGUCCAUUAGUCUUAGGGUUAAUUAGAGAUAAGGAUCGUUGC